AUGUGGUUACAGCUCAUUUCAGUCCUCAGUCUGGCGACAUCGUCGCUCGCUGCCAGUACUGAAGAGUGGAAGGGGAGGUCAGUGUAUCAGGUUUUCACGGACAGAUUUGCUCGUACGGAUGGGUCGACAACAGCACCAUGUAACACUACAGAAGGGCUAUACUGCGGUGGAACAUGGAGAGGGAUCAUCAAUCAUCUGGAUUAUAUCGAGGGCAUGGGAUUCGAUGCUAUCAUGAUAUCUCCUAUUGUCCAGAAUAUUGAAGGCAGGGUGUCCUACGGCGAAGCCUAUCACGGGUACUGGCCUCAGGAUAUCUACACCUUGAAUGACCAUUUCGGUUCUCACCAGGAUUUGCUCGAUCUUGGCAAUGCUCUGCAUGAGCGCGGCAUGUGGCUAAUGAUCGACACCGUGAUCAAUAACAUGGCCUACAUAACUAACGGCAGCAACCCCGCGACUUCCAUCAACUAUUCCAUCUUCACUCCUUUCAAUAACGAGGAUUACUUUCAUCCUUACUGUGAGAUCACGAACUACGAGAAUUAUCCGCUUGCCCAGAGAUGUUGGACCGGUGAUGAUAUUGUACCGCUGCCGGAUCUCAAAACCGAAUCCAGUGAUGUUCAAAGUAUCCUGGAGAAGUGGAUCCAGGGGAUAAUUUCGACAUACUCAGUCGACGGUCUGCGUAUCGAUGCUGCGAAGCAUGUCACCCCCAGUUUCCUGCCGAAUUUCUACAAAGCCGCUGGUUUGUUCAUGACCGGAGAAGUCAUGGAAGCAAGUGCAGAAAUUAUCUGUAACUAUCAGAGCAACUGGAUCCCCAGUGUUCCUAACUACCCAGUCUAUUAUGCCAUGCUGUCAGCCUUUACCGAGGGCAACAUAACCGCAUUGGCGGACGAACUGGCCCUCAUGAGCUCGCUGUGCCCGGAUACCACCGCAUUAGCAUCAUUUUCCGAGAAUCACGAUGUUGGCCGAAUUGCUUCUAUGAACCCAGACAUGUCGCUCGCUAAGAAUAUACUAGCCUUCACUAUUCUUGCGGACGGAGUACCCAUGAUCUAUCAGGGCCAAGAGCAACAUUUUACAGGCAGCGGCACACCUGACAAUCGGAAGGCCCUGUGGCUUUCCAACUACGACACGAAUGCGGAGCUUUAUCAAUUGGCGUCGAUCCUCAACAAGAUCCGUAAGCAAGCCAUGCGGAUCGACCCCGGCUAUCUGGAUUUCAAAGCGUACCCUAUCUAUUCUGGAUCCAGUGAACUCGUGAUUCGCAAAGGCAGUGAACGCCGACAAAUCAUCAGUGUUCUGUCGUCCAAUGGCGAGAACGGUGGUGCAUAUGACCUAACGUUACCCAUUUCCUACGAACCAGGUAGUGUAGUCACGGAGGUCAUCAACUGUGUGAACUAUACCGUCGACGAUAAAGGUCAACUCCAAGUGCCAAUGAACAAGGGUCUCCCAAGAAUCCUAUUCCCAGCCGAUCAGAUGGGUGGAAGUGGGCUCUGCAAUAUCGGUAACUGGACCAACUACGGAAAGGCCAAAAAGGGUAACGGCUCUUCUGCUGCUCCAGAUACCCGCAUCUCGCUCAGCGCAUUAUGCUUCGGCCUCUUUAUCUCUGUUUUCGGCAGUGCCUUUGCGCUCAUAGCCUGA